AACCAGGAGAUGGUUUGGGUUGGAAGGGACCUCAAAGCCCAUCCAAUUCCAACCCCUCUGCCAUGGGCAGGGACACCUCCCACUGGAUGAGGGGCUCCAAACCCCAUCCAACCUGGCCUGGAACCCCUCCAGGGAUGGAGCAGCCACCACUUCUCUGGCCAACCUCUUCCAGGACCUCCCCACCCUCCCAGGAGAACAUUUCUCCUCAAGAUCUCAUCUCCAUCUCCCCUCCUGCAGCUCCAAACUCUUCUCCUCAUCCCAUCCCAUCACUCCCAGAGCAUCUCCUCAGCUUUCCUGGAGCUCCUUUCCAUGCUGGAAGCUGCUCGAAGGUCUCCAUGGAGCCUUCUCCAGGUUGGCCAACCCCAACUCUCUCAGCCUGGCCUCACACGGGAGGUUCUCCAGCCCUUGGAUCAUCUCCAUGGGUUCCUCUGGACUCGCUCCAACAGCUCUCUGUGUCCUCCCUGUGCUGAGGACCCAACACUUGGUCCUGGGGAACCUCAUCCCGUUGGUGUCAGCCCAUGGAUCCGGCCUGGUUCCAUCCCUCUGGAGAUCCUCCAGCCCAUGGAUCCAUGCCCAGAUCCCUCUGGAGAUCUUCCCCUUGUGGAUCCCUUUGGAGAUCCCUCUGGAGAUCCUCCCCUUGUGGAUCCCUUUGGAGAUCCCUCUGGAGAUCUUCCUCUCAUGGAUCCCUCUGGAGUUCCUCCCCACAUGGAUCCCUCUGGAGGUCCCUCUGGAGAUCCUUCCCUUGUGAAUACCUCUGGAGAUCCUUCUGGAGAUCUCCCCCCAUGGAUCCCUCUGGAGGUCCCUCUGGAGUUCCUCCCCCCAUGGAUCCCUCUGGAGGUCCCUCUGGAGAUCCCUCCCCCCAUGGAUCCCUCUGGAGAUCCCUCUGGAGGUCCCUCUGGAGAUCCCCCAUGGAUCCCUCUGGAGGUCCCUCUGGAGUUCCUCCCCCCAUGGAUCCCUCUGGAGGUCCCUCUGGAGUUCCUCCCCCCAUGGAUCCCUCUGGAGGUCCCUCUGGAGUUCCUCCCCCCAUGGAUCCCUCUGGAGGUCCCUCUGGAGUUCCUCCCCCCAUGGAUCCCUCUGGAGGUCCCUCUGGAGUUCCUCCCCCCAUGGAUCCCUCUGGAGGUCCCUCUGGAGAUCCUUCUGGAGUUCCUCCCCCCAUGGAUCCCUCUGGAGGUCCCUCUGGAGUUCCUCCCCCCAUGGAUCCCUCUGGAGGUCCCUCUGGAGAUCCUUCUGGAGUUCCUCCCCCCAUGGAUCCCUCUGGAGGUCCCUCUGGAGAUCCCCCAUGGAUCCCUCUGGAGGUCCCUCUGGAGGUCCCUCUGGACGCGUUCUCCCACAGUGCCUUCAAAAAUAAAGGGAUUUCAGUCCAAAUCCACUGUGGAUUGCGGGGAUCGGGAGGGGGCGUGGCCAGCCGAGGGGGCGUGGUCAGGCCGAGCGGGCAUCAUAGAGUAA